AUAAAUGUAUAUUGUUUUUGACGUGGUGCUUUUCCUUCAUUCUAUUGACUUUUCUCGUAGUGGUUCAUUCCCAUAAAAAAAAUUUUUGUCGUCAUCGAUCAAUUUUUUGCUCGGAAUUUAAUUUCAUCUAUUCUUUUUUUCUCUUUCGUUUAAUUUCACGCGAUCUAUCGAUAGAUGUGUGAAAAAUGAAGUAAAUUCAUUUUGGAAUCGAGUGUUUACAUCAUAAUUUUUAUUCUUUCAUUGGUUAAGGUUUCAUUUGGAAAAGGCGCCGUGUGUGUUUUCGGGGUCGAAAUUUUGUGGUGACAAAACAAAACCGGCCGACGACAACGACGACAACUGAACAGAAAUAAAUUGAACAGGGAAUAAAAUAAUCACGAAGCAAUAUCGAAUUUGAAAUUAAAUUGUUGUGUGUCGGUUGUUCUAUUUCUUCUUCUUUUUUUGCUAAGUGCUUUCAAUUGUGAAAUUUUUCGUGUCGGCCCCAGUCGCGCGCGCCUUUCUUAUCAAAGUGGUGUUCAAGUGCACGCGAUUCUCGAAUGAAAUUAUAGAAUUUUGGAAAACCAUCAACACACAUCAGUUUUUGCAAGUCGAGACAAAACGUCGACGACGACGACAACUAGAUCCGGCACAUCACCAACACAACCAUAUACGCUUUGCAACAACAUUAAAUGACUUCGAAGUGAAUUAGUGACUAUGUGACAAGUGAGAGAGAGAGAGAGAGAGACCACAUUAAAAGCUAAUUAACUCCUUUACGAUACUGGCUUUGUGUCCCCCCAGCUCGUGUGCAACAAGAAAAAACCCCACAAAUCAUAAAUUCAGAACCGAAAUAUACAGAAAACCGAAAAUAAACACAAUCAAAUAGCAAAAAUGAUGAACGAAGAGUCAACGACACCAUCACGUAAUCCGAUUUCAGUGUUUUUUCAACGUUUAUCACAGAUUUACCAAGGACUACUAGAUAAAUGGACACCACAUACUAGAGUACGAUGGGCUGCUGCCGGCGGUCUAGUAUGUUUAUUUUUGUUACGUGUAUUCCUAUGCCAAGGAUGGUAUAUUGUGUGCUAUGCAUUGGGCAUAUAUCAUUUAAAUUUGUUCAUAGCAUUUCUUACGCCAAAGAUCGAUCCAGCACUUGAUCUGGAUGAUGAUCAAGGACCCGAAUUGCCAACACGAUCAAAUCAAGAGUUUCGGCCGUUUAUUCGGCGAUUGCCUGAAUUUAAAUUUUGGUACGCAAUUUCAAAGAGCACCGUCAUCGGUACUAUCUGUACAUUUUUCGAAGUGUUCAACAUUCCUGUAUUUUGGCCCAUCCUCGUUAUGUACUUUAUUACGCUAUUCUGCAUAACAAUGAAGCGGCAAAUCAAGCAUAUGAUCAAAUAUAAAUAUAUCCCGUUCACGGUAAAUAAACCGCGAUAUCAAAGUGUACCUCAAACCAAUUGACAAUUAAAAGCACAAAUGCUGUCACCCGAGACCACAUCGUCGCCUAGUAUGUCAUCAGCCGCUGCCGUUGCCAGCGUGGCUAUUGCAUCGACUGUUGACAUUGAUGCAUCAUCCAAUGCAAAUCACAUAACCGAUAUCUAAAUUUAAACCAGAAAAAAAAACCAACAAAAAAAAGAAAGAAGGAACAACAACAACAACAACAAAUCUCCAGGAACUCGAACAAAACAGCAAAAAAACAAUAUCCUUCAUCCAUCGCGCAAAAUUCACACCGAGAGAAAAUGGGAAAAUUGUCAAAAAUCAGUGAACAAAAAACAAGAGCACUCAAAGUGAAAUGGAUCGGUCAGUAGUAAAUUGAAUCGCGAUUCGUGAUCAAAUCCACCACCGAUUCACUGUGCUAAAACGUAAUUCGGUUGCCAUUCACAAAUCUUCUUUUCUCUCUCUCUCUUUUUAUCAUUUCUCCAAAAAAAAAAAUUCUCCUCCCAGUCAGAAUAUUGUUUAUUUGUUGUUAAUUUUAUAGUUUCCCCGAAUUUUUUUUUGUUCGAUAUCGUCAUGAUUUAUCUAGCGACAACCGACAGCUUCAUUUGUGCUUACAAUGUGAAUCCCGAAUCCCCCUAAUAUAAUUGAUUAAUGUAAUUUUUGUUUGUUUUUUCGUUUGCGGCGAACGAAUAGAGUGUCAGUUGAAUGUACGAUGUGACACACACACACAUACACACACACACACGCGGGUUUUAUUGAUAUUCUUUGCUAACGUGGCCCGGAAAUCUAUGCGUAUGACCAAAUCGAUGGGCCAACAAAACAACAAAAGUAGAUUGUACCGAAAAUCUAUUACAUUCAGAUACAAACAAAAACAGAACCCAGAAGGAAAUGAACAAAAACGCGCGCCGACCGUUUUUGAUUUGAUUUGAUUUUUUUUCUUAUGCAAACCAGAAAUUUUUACACAUUUGCCAAAAUUCUCCAGAUUUUGUGUGUGUGUAUGUGUGUGAGAGAGAGAGAGUUGUUUUUGUGCCGCGUGUGUAAAUCGACAUUUUCUUAAUGUAAUAAAACAAAAAAACCAAAACUGUAUAAAAAAAACAAAGUUGUGCACAUCUUUUUGAACCAUUGUUAAAGGUACUAAAGUUCCAUGGAAUUACUAGUAAUUGGUGAAUUCCUCUAAGCAAUCGAUUUGCUCGAGGCUUUUUUUUUAUAGAAAAUCAAAUGGAAAGAAAAACAAACAGAGAAUGAUUUGAGCCGACCGAAAUUUCUAACAAAACAUUCAAAUUAAAACGAAAUUUAAAUAAAUUCAUAAGGGUAUAUACCACUUCGAAAUGCCUUUUUCGUUCAGAUUGUAGUUUCCGGAAAUGUGAGAGAAAAAAAAACAGACACACACAAUAACUGAUAAAAUGUACACGGAUAAUGAUAAAUUAUUAUCGCAAUGGUUGAAAUAUGUGUGCGAUCACACAUUGCCCAAACACUCCAAAACAAAACGCAUUCACAGCAUUUCGAAUCAACAUCUUUGAAUAUCACAUCUCUAAUUCAAGUCCAAGGUUUUUUUUUAUACAUUUAUCGAAACAUUUUGUGACAUUCAAACCAAAUUUUGAACAAAAAUGAAAAAAAAAAACAAGAAAAAAAACAUGAUCCCCAAGCGAUUCAAUCGAUUUAGGAAAAAAAAAGAACCCGAAACGAAAAAGCAAAGCAAAACAAAAUAAUAACUAGCAUAUUUUGGCCAACUUGUAAAAAUAACCGGUUCGUAGCGGCUUUUUCGGACACUAAGUGUGUAAUGAUCAUUAGAUAUAAAAUUUAAAUAAAUGAUUAUUUAUAAAUAAAGUUCUAAUCUAAAACAAGAGAAACAAACUGAUACCAA